AUGACUAAAGUUGAAGAACAUUCAUUGCCUUAUAUUUGCCCAUCUGCUGUCACUUUUCAUUCUCAAAUUGAUGAUAAUGAUCUUAAAUCAAAAUCUUUCUGGAAUCCCGAUUGGACAAUUCAACAAGAAAUCUCAAUAACUAUUGAUAAAACUGUCGAUAAUACAGGAAAAAUAUUUUCAAUAAAACUUCAAAUAUUAAUUGGAUUUUUAAUAAUAAUUCUAUUUAUUUUUUCAAUAAUCUUACCAUUAAUGAUAUUAACAAUCGAUCCAUAUUGGCCAUCAUCAAUUAAAAAAUUGUAUUCAUGUGAAAAUUUAAUCAUUAUCGAAAAUGUUUAUUUAAUUGGUAUUGAUUUAAUCUCAAAUAAAUCAAUGACAUGGUCAAAAUGUUGUUUAUCGUGUGUUAAUAUUUUAGUUUGUCGUGGAUUUACAUAUGAUAUUGAUUCAUCAAUAUGUUAUUUAAAAACAAAUCCGAUUUAUAAAAGAACUUUUCAUAAAAAAUAUCAAAGUGCUAUUUAUCCUUGA